AUGUGAGUAUCAACGUGUGCAAAAUUUUAUCAAUGUAUUUUCUCAUAUAUUCUAUCAGGCCCAUAUUCGUAAUCUCAUGUGGGAUCCCAAGCUGAAAACAAGAAAUCAAGCUGAUAUCCUGGCAAAUGAGAGUAAGCCCAGAUGGAAUACAAAUGUUUUCUUUUACAAGUCGCCAAACAAGGAGUUGGUGGUGCGACUUCUUGAAAACUUGAAGCGCAAGUUUACCCAUGAGGGAUUUAGAGAGGCAGACUUGAGAGCAAGACUGCACAAAAACUUCACCAGCCGGGUUUCAAAAGCAAGAAAAACCGAAGAGGAAAUAAAAGCAACAAACACUCGUUCGAGAAGGGCAGGACGUGCCAGAGAUGUAAGUGUAAUCUCAUUUACUUGCAUACACAGACAACAAAGAAGCAAUUGAUCUACAAAUGAAGAGAGAUUGUGACUUCACGAUGCAAAUGGCAGCAAUGUCCGAUGGAGAAUCUGCAGAUGAAGACUUCGAGAAUCGCACGAAGAGCAUCGUCAAGAUUGUUCGGCCAGGAUGGAGAAGUGACGAGGUAUAUUAUUUUAUAUUAAUAAUUAUGUCUUAUUAUAAAAAAUAUAAAGUGAAGUAUUAACAAAAUCAUUUUAGUUCAAUACUCUCAUUAAACUCGUUGAUGAGUAC